AUGAAAAAAGUCAUGUCCAAUUUAUUACAUUUGUCAAUAUCUGAUAAAACAUCAAAAAAAGUUCGUAUUGUUAGAAAGCGUGCUCAAAUUCAAACAAAUAAACUUCAAUGUCAACGUUUAUGUUUACGUAUUGAUCAAUUAAUUGAUCCACUUGAACGUUUAGAACAUGCAUCUUUAAUAUUUUAUGAAGAAAUUCAUGAACAUGAAAAUGAUUAUGAAAAAUUUGAAAAAUUAAAUAAACGUUUAUCACAAUUAGGACAAGAUUUAUGUCUUGAAUUAAAUAUACAAGAAUUAUUUGAUCAAAAACAAAAUCGAGAAGAUCAACAACAAGAUUUACAUGAAUUAAAUAAAAUUUUAAGUCAAAUGUCACAACAACAUCAAGAACAAUAUAAACAAAUUGAUAAAAUAAUACAUCACUUAGAAUCAUUUCAUUUUGAUUUAGAACAAAAAUUUUUAAAUCAAUCAGAUUCAAAUCAAGAAAAAAACACAGUUCAAUGA